AUGGAUCCUAUCUUUGAAGGCUUCAAGAAAGCCUACGAGGAAGGCAAUGGCUAUGAUCUUUCGAUGACCCUUUCUCCCGUGGACCCUGAUGAUGCGCCUGAUAGACUUUACAAAUUCUUCCGAAGCACGAAUUUUGCACAAGCCAAGAAGGACUUUCAGUACCGGAUUCUGUACGAUAGCGCUACGCCUUUCAAACUCCCGGCCGAGGAGGGCAAUGGAUGGGUUGAGGUUUACUUGGCUUAUUGGAAGGCUGUUGGAGAGAUCUUGAAUGCCAAGAAUGCACCGAAGUCGAAUGCAAAGGGAUCAUGGACGAAGGUUUACGACUCGUGGAAGGAGAUGACGAAUGCUCUCAUCCGAGGUUACACUAAUUGCGGAUUUGAAGCCUGGACGGUGCCUUGUCUUUACGUGGCCGGUAAAUAUAUGAGAAUAUUCGCAAUCAAGGCGGAUGAGGCGACAGGUGCUAGCACAGGCUCAGUCAACAAUUUCCAAGAUGAUUUCAACCCUGAGGCAGAGAAGAAUGAGAAACUCGAAGAUGCGGCGAGACAGCUCAAUCGAAUCUUCACGAUUUGUCUCAGUGAUAGAGCACCGCUCGACGAAUCAAGAAAAUGGGGUCUCUAUAACAUCAUCAACUUGUUGUUCAAGACAUACUUCAGAUUGAACUCGAUCAGCUUGUCGAAAAAUAUUCUGAAAGCAAUUCAGGCAUAUCGAGGCGACAUGCCAACGCUUGAUGUCUUUCCCAAGGCACAUCAAGUGACGUUUAAAUACUACGUUGGAGUCAUCUACUUCCUGGAAGAGAAUUACGAAGAGUCCGAGAAACAUCUCACCGAAGCCUGGCAAUUAUGCCACAAAGACGCCAUCCGCAACAAAGAACUCAUCCUGACCUACCUCAUCCCAUGCCACCUCCUCACCACACACACCCUCCCCACCCUCGCCCUCCUAUCGCCGUACCCGCAUCUGCAAGAGCUCUUCCUUCCUCUCUCCCGCUGCAUCAAGAAGGGCGACCUAGCAGGCUUCGACGCCGCCCUCGUCGCCGGUGAAGACGAAUUCGUAAAACGCCGCAUCUACCUAACCCUCGAGCGCGGCCGCGACAUCGCCCUCCGAAACCUGCUGCGCAAAGUCUUCAUUGCAGGUGGCUUCGAGGAAGCGAAGGACGCCAACACACCACCUGUGCGACGGACCCGCAUCCCCGUCGCUGAGUUCGGCGCUGCGAUAAGUCUAGGGAGCAAAGAGACGAUGGACAGUGACGAAGUCGAAUGCUUAUUAGCGAAUAUGAUUUACAGGAACUUAAUGAAAGGCUACAUCGCGCGCGAGCGCGGGAUCGUGGUGCUGAGUAAAGGCGGAGCGUUCCCCGGGACGGGCGUUUGA